AGACAGUAGGACAGGACAGUACAGAGGCCAGCUAGCUAGCCUCUAGGCCAAGCCAGUAAAGAAAUUAAUAAUGCUCUUUGGCUACAUCUCUAGUCGCACCACUGUCCUAGGUCAAAAUCUGAUCUGACUUAUGCUGAAUGAAGAGACGUAGAUUCUAAAUCUGGAUGUCUGAGCUGCUGAUGAAUUUUGACAGAGAGGUGUUUACUUUAUCGGGACUUUAUCCAAAAGUGAUGUACACAUCAGUGUCUGUGUCAAUGGAAGACUCUUGUGUCGUACGGGGCGAGCAAACUCUGUGGUGUGUGUGAUGAAUGUCUCAAGCAGUGAGUGACUCGCCAGACCGCUCACUCACAUGGAGUCAUCGAAGGAACAGGCGGAGAACCGCCAGGGCCUGGGGUCUGAAGAGGCAGUGGUCAGUCUCUGUGAGGAGAUAGAGACGCUGGUCGCGAGCCAUGAACAGCAUCUGGCCAAGACGCGAUGGAGGAGGUUCCUGGCUCAGGUGACGCACACGUCCUCAUACUACACCGUAGUCUCCUACUUGUGCGUUGUGGUUGUCGCGGUAACUUUGUUGAUUGCUGCGUCGAUGGAGGACUCAGAAAGAUUCUCGUCCGGGUCAAAAGGCUGGCUCAUCACGGAGGCUCUCGUGCUGCUGGCCUCUGUGGUGUUCAACACGCUGCUCAUUGCCCUGAGGGUGAAGCGACAGACGGCCAAGCAUAUCGACACCAAGCGAAGAGUGAUUGAUAAAAUGCAACAGAGCAUCCGGUCGGAGGUGUGGAGUGCGGCCAGCAGUCACCCGGACCUCCACACCCCACUGUCCCCAUGUAUCUCCCUGCAGUGGUGUGUCCGCAGUGGCACGAUGCUCAACCUCCCCCAGGCUGUGCUGGUCAGCGGUGACCUCAUCGUGCUGAGGCCUGGUCACGCCGCUCCUGGGUUGUGUGACUCGUUAGAUGGCAACACAAGCUUGCAGUCAGGAGAGAUCUUCAUGCCCCAUCACACCUGUGUGCCCGGCGAAGGACCUCAGCCUCGCAUUCCAUUGUCUGCGAAAAAGUUCAUUCUCAAAGAAACUCCUAUUGUAAAAAAUUUAAGGCUCAUGUUGCAAGAACCGGUGCUGAAGCCGGCGAGUUUUCUGGAAAACGAGCGCUACAAUGUGUGCAAUGUCUGGCUAGAGAGAAGAGUUCUGCCCAUCACUUUGAUUCUCUUUCUUGUCAUGAAUGUUUUGAGACAUUUGUACAUAGAUCCAGAGGGAGGACAUUGGUCUGAAAUCAUCAUAAUCCUUCAGGUUCACGGAAUUCUCCCAGUGAUCCCUGUGUUGCUUCCCUUCCUGUGGACCGCGGUGAACACGUUUGGGCAGGCGCACAUCUUGUCAUCGUUUGACAUCUUCCGAACACUUGUGGAUGUGACCGAGUCGACGGAGAGCUUGGGCAGCUGCAGCAACAUCUCGGUGGAGGACGCUCAGAUCAGCAUCACGUGGAGGGAGACGAUGCACAGCUUCUGGAGCAUGUUCUGCGGCACCAAGCCCUUCUCAUGCCCCGACUUUGACAUGCUCCACGCCUUGGGGAGCGUCACCGCGCUGUGCUGUGUGGACAAAAAGGGGAUCUUGUCGUGGCCGAAUCCGUCUGCGGAGAAAGUUAUUUUCUUCUCAUCUGCUCCGAAACGUGCUCCGCCUGAUGAUGAUGAGGAUGAGGAUAAGACUGCAAAGGAAGACAAAAAGAUCAGGAAGAGGAAGAAGACAAAAUCUCAGUCUGGUGUCUGUUUAUGCUGUCUCGAGAGAUCGGCUUCACGGAGGAGGCUGUGAGCGUGUUCACCCACGAGGCCACACUCGGCAUGUACAGACAAGUGCCUCUGGAGGAAGCGGAGCGAGAAAAGCAGAACAGAGCCAGGUCGUUCAUUCAGCACAAGAUCCCCAUGCCCAACCAGGUGUCUGUGGUGGCUAGAGACAAGCUGACUGGCAUCUGUCAGCUGCUGACCCAGGGCACCGGUGACCUGGUGCUGGACUGUUGCACCGAUGCGUGGACCGGCUCUGACCUACAGCUGCUUUCUGAGAUGGACAGAAAACGUGUGCUGGACUUCUACCAUCGCAACUCCAUGAUCGCCUACUGCACGGCGUUUGCGUACAAGCCGCUGCCGAAAAGUAUCGACGACUGGUCAAGUGAAGUGUACACGGAGCUCGUGGAGAGCCCCAGCGCGACCAAAGUGGCGCAUGGGGAGGAUGUCGGGACUUUGUCCAGAUGAUUGACAAACUGGAGUCUGCUUGUAUCCGAUUUGUUCACUUUUCCAAGGAGAAUGAAGUCCGAAGUCGAGUGUUUGCGGAGAAGAUGGGCAUCGAGGCGGGCUGGAACUGCCACGUGUCCCUCAUGCCCUCGGAGUCUGUGGCCUCGGCCAACUCCUCGUGCCGAAACCUGUCCAGCCUGGGUCACCCGGUGCACACCUCGGCCAGCGGGACCAGCUGCGGGGACGGCCCACCUCCCGAGGGUGGGGCUGCGGUGGGCAGCGUGGGCAGCCCGCAGAGCCUGGCGCGUGUCAAGGACAGUCUGGGCAUGUCCAGCCCGCAUGCGAUGCCCCGCACCCACAGCGCCCCCAGCUUUAUGAAUGUGGAUGAAGUGCAGGUGAAGUUUGCCAAAGAGACUCUGCCCAUCACAAUUGACGGUGACCACUCUACGGAGGAGGACAGCAUACUGUUGACAGACAUCGGCCUCUCUCAGCAGCCGUCCUGCUCCGAGGUGGACAGUGAGACGGCCGCCCUCCUGAACCAGAGCCCGAACAAUAAUCCCAACCUGCCUGGUCCAAAGACUGGAGCUGAUGGUCUGAAAGACCGUUGUCCAGACGCCAGCAAGACGGCUGCUGCUGUUGAUCAUGAUGGUCAUGAUGAGGACGACGCGGCCGCUGAGAAAAGGUGUUUACUGAGACGAGCGAGAGACAGCGAGGUUUACUUCAACGAGGAUGAGGAUGACUGCGAUGAUGAUGACGAGGACGAGGAGGAAGAUUUGGACGUGCAGUCGGACAGUCGGUAUACGUCUAGCUAUGUCACGGAGAACACAGAGGACAGCUUGACCGGAGCGCUGGACAACAGGAACUUAUCUGCAGAGGUCAAUGUACUCUCCGGCAGCCUCCACUGGCGAGCUGAGUUUGAAGGAGAGCAUGGCCAUUGAGCCGCUGUACCCCCAGCUGUGUGCCCAGCGACCGGCGCUGUGCCUGCAGUGGAACGAUGAAGAACCGACACCGACCCAACUGGCCUCGUGCCUUCUCUCCUUGCCCUGCUCCCUGGCCUACCAACGCAACGACAACAUCAAACUGGUGCAGCUCAUCAUGGAGUCGAGACACUACAUCUUCGCCAUGCGUAACUGCUUCUACCUGAUGCUGUGCUGUCUGCUGGCUGUGGUGCUUUCGCAGCUGGUGUGCUGCGUGCUGCUGUUGCCUCCCGUCAUGGCCGCGCAGCACGUCAUGUGGCUGGUCAUGGUGGUCGUGCCGGCCAUCAGCCUCUCGCUCAUGGGGAACCCCAACGAGGCUCGAACCAUGAGCAUGGCCACCCACAAAAACACGGCGCACGUCAAUAGACAGAUGAUCAUCGAGUUCUUCGUCCAGUUCUGCACCCGGUUCCUGCCAUCCAUCGUGGUGGCUGUCGUCUGCUUCGCUGUGAUCCUUCACUCGUUCUGUGUGGGCACCACGCCGGCCCGGUGUUCUCUCUACGACGUCGGCCGUGAGGUCAACGGUACGAAAGUAGCCAGCGCCUGGACUGACAAGUUCCAAGGAGGGCUGGUUCUGGCUCAGAACAUCUUCCAUCUCUACUUUGUGAUAUUUUUAGUGGCAAUUUCCAUGAGCCUGGUCCACUGGCAGGACCAUCUGUGGCAGCGCUGUCCCCUCAGGAACUUUGUGUGGUCCUUCACAGCGGGAACUUUGUUGAUACUGCAGUUUGUAUUCUCUGUGGUAGACAGUUUUGCCCGGAGGCAGUGGUUCGGAUCCUCCAUGGAUCUGUCGGACGUCCACCCAGUGGUGUGGGUGUUGGGAUGUGUGUGGCCGCUGGUCACCAUAUCCCUGAAUGAGGUCGCCAAGAGGAGGGAGAUCAAACUGGCUGUGCGGCGGCAGAGGAGAGCAAGACUGGACUUUGAUACUAAGUUAGGCAUGAAUUCUCCGUUCUGAUUGCUUCCAACUUGGUGCAAUCAAUUAAAAGUUGGACCUCGCCAAACGGGAAAAAAGAACAGAAAAUGGCAAGUAAAUUGAAAGUGCUGAGUCCUGCCACGAUGGGUUGGCUGUUACGCCAGAGAGACGGAGGACAAGAAAUAUUUGAGGAAAGGAAGGAAACAAGAUGGCCAGCAUCGACAGCCUUCAUUCAAAUACAGUUGAAAUUGUCUAAGAAGAGGGCUACCUAUUUUCUUGGAGAAAAGUGGACGUUUUAGACAGGUGGACGUCUCACACCGUGUCAUUUUACUGUAAGAAAUCAGAUGCAAGAGGGGAAAUGGGAAGUGGCUGUUGAUGCAGAUUAUUGUCUUAGAAAGGUGACCGUUGGAGGAUUUGACCGUUGGAGGAGGUUUGACCGUUGGAGGAUUUGACCGUUGGAGGAUUUGACUGUUGGAGGAGGUUUGACCGUUGGAGGAGGUUUGACCGUUGGAGGAUUUGACCGUUGGAGGAUUUGACCGUUGGAGGAGGUUUGACCGUUGGAGGAUUUGACCGUUGGAGGAGGUUUGACUGUAUUUCACAAUUGUUAUAUGGCACAUACUUUUCUCAUUACCCUACCCCUCUAAAAGCAUGGUGUGUUGGCCUUACUUGAUCUGUGAAUUAUACACCAGUUAUUGCCAUACUUGGCCUGAACUUAGGUAUCAACGACACUGUCAGUUAUUUAUAACUUUUUUUAUACAUCUUUUAUGAAUUAAAAAAAACGUGUACUCUUGCCUUCUGUUUCCUCACUGUCAAAAACUUGUGUGCACAGCUGUAUUGUCAGCAUGGAUUCUGCUGACUGUAGAGAAGAUGACAUCACUGAGAAGAAAUGUAUGUCAAGGCCAAUGCUUGUCAGCCUUUUGAAAGCCAACGCCCACUUUUGCCACAUUUAAGAAUUUCCGUACUUCCCUCCUAUUUGUAGUUCCAAGUGGGGCAGCAGGUGGUAUCUGUCACUACCCGGGCGACGGUCACCGCCCACCUAAAUUACCAAAUGGCUCUCCCGUGAGGGAUGUCGUCCACGUCGGUAAACAUCUGGUCUAUACUGAUAACAAUGAGAAACUUGCCAAGAACACAAGUUGAUGAUGAAUGAAGUUUAGUUCCAAGAUAGUGUGAAUAGACCCCAGUAAGACAGCUAGUCUUGAGGUCUAUUGUAUGAGAUUCUGAAACAUGUUUGUUGUGAUAUCUCUGUACGGUUUGUGGGCCGAAGAGCAAGACACAACUGCUGGACACUUACAGGCACAAGUAGACUCUUUCAUGGGCUGGUGCCUCUAUAAAUAAAUCUUUGAUGGUCUGGUCUAGACUGUUUCACAUUUUGCCUACGUUGUCAUGUAGGUGUCAGAAUCAUCAUUGAGUUGUGGCUUUAACAAAGUUCUUUCUACUUGUGCUCUUGAGUAUCCAGAUACAGUGGAAGUUGUCCAAGACACUCACCUACUAUGGGAGAGAAAAGUGGUUGUCUUAGACAAGUGGACAUCUUGGACAGUGUUAUAAUGUGUUUAAAAAAAGCGCAAGGAUAGAAGUGAAAUGGUCGUUUCUACGAGAUGAUUGUCUUGGGCAGAUGGUCGUUACAGUAGGUUCAGCUGUAGUCAUUUCAUUGCACUUGCUACUAGGUUGUUGGGUUUUUCCCCAACUGUUCAAGUCCUGUUCUUGUUGAUUUCACUUUGGUCUUCUCGCGGCAAAAGACUGUUGGUCGCGAGCAUCUUCCUCUAACGUUAUAUAACGACUUACUCAAACUGUCGCGCAUCUGUCUUUGACUCCUCAUAGUUUACGGUGGAGAGUUUUAGCCGAGGUGUGUUACAGGGAUUACGUUCUUCCUUUGUUUUACCUUUUUUGGGAGUUUUUUUCAUUAAAAGAUGAAAAGAACAA